AUGGAUGCGCUACGCUUGCGUGGUUCACCAUUUUCACGCUUUGGCGUUGGUGGCGUUGGUGGCGGCGGUGGCUCCGCGGGCGGCUCGAAUGCCGCCCCUGGCAUUCAUCACAAUGUGCCGCAUGGAAAACAGGAGCCGCUUAUAGUGGUCGAGGAGUCCAAUUUGCCAGAAGAACUUGAACCGGAUAGCUCUGAGACUGUGUCGAAUCGUGCCAGUCUGGACAUUGACUCACCCGUCAAUCCCUAUUUGCUAUCACCGUGGCGUGAUCCGCGCGAGGCGCGCAAACACUCGUUGCCCUCACAGCAGGUUACUGAGGGGAUUACCGCCAGUCAGGUGCGUCGCUUGUCAGAGCGCGGUGGUGAGGGCUCGGGGCCAUCGCCGAAGGAGGCCGCCUUUCUGGCCACGCUCUCACAGGCGCCCGCACCAUCAGGACGCAGGCAUUCAGUGGUCACAAUUUCGAAGGUGCCCACCACUUUGUUUGGACGCUCACGUCGCGAAUCUGUGGCCGCUUAUCCCACAGCCAAUGGCAGCAGUCGCGUGCUUAACUCGCGUCGGGAGAGCAAUACAGGUCCGCCCUCCACCGAUCCGAUUGGAAGCAUACACAAUUUACAGCUGGAUAUAAUGGAUGACAUAUAUUUGCAGUCACGCAAGGCGCGCUUAAAGCUGUGGACCUCGAGCAAUGAAAAGGUUUGCGAGGUGCAAACUGUGGACGAGGGGGGCGGUGCUACGCCCCGUCGCUACACAAAUCGACGCUUCUCGGAGUGCCCGCAGCCGGGCAUGGCGCCUGGAGCCAAAGUAUUCCGGCGCGCAUCAGAACAUCCGGGAGCCAUUUCGCCGCAACCGCCGCCGGCAGCAUCUAGCAACCGUGCCUCCACACGACGCAAGAAAUCGGGCAGCGGUGGCGGCCUAUUGGGCAGUCGCACCGACAUUACUUCCAUCUUUAGCUCACUUACCUCGUCGGCCAUGGAGAUGCAUCGGCCGGAGGAGGGAACCGGCACGGCAUCAUCUUCCUCCUCUGCGGCAACGGGCAACAGCGCUAGCAGCCCCUUUCUGAGCAACACAUUUCAGGCGGCGGCACGUGGAAGAACGACAAGCGCCACUCCCACGCCAAGCACAGCCAAUGCGACGAACACAUUGUUGGAUCCCAAUGCGGGCCGCUCAACGCGAUCGAACAGUUUUGAUGUGUCUAUAUUGAAUAACGCGAAGCAGCUGGUAACCGAGGCACAGGACAACAGCUCGGCUGCCCUUUCCGGAUGGUUUGGGAAGCGAAAUACGCCCAUGGCUCGGAAGAAGAGUGUGCGGAGCAAGAGCACAGCGAUGGCCCUUUCAAAGGACAUGAUAGAGCGCUUACAGAAGAAGGAUCCGCUUGGCGGGGACUCUGUGAAGCCAAAGUUGAAGCCACGCAGCAAGCAGAAGAAGAGCUGGGCUGAGACAACCAAGUCGAACAUUGUGGAUGCCACAAUGUUGGGCACGGCCAUCGAGGGUUUCUUGCGCAAGAGCUCCACUGCGAGCAUGAGCGGGGCAAGUGGAAGCGGCGGACGCAGCUCGUCGGGUGGGCGUACGGGCAGCACAAGUGGACCCAGUGGUAGCAGCAAGGGCGCCGUACCGAAGGACGCGAGUGGCAGUGGAGGCGCAACGCGACGCAGCCGUCCAUCAGUCAGUAGCGCUGCCCAAUCACAGGCUGGACGGGCCAUGCGCUCCACGCUCAAUUGGUUCAGCAAGGGCGACGAGGAUGACUCGAAGGAUACGUGUGAUGCCUCUCUGUGCGCCACGCUCAAGGACCUGUUUGUCAAAUAGAUCGGGGAUAAGAGACGCAAGUAAAGUGGAGGCACCAACAAUAGUGGCGGCCUUUAGGCAGCUAAUUUCGUCAUGGCCGCUUGCGUGCUACUUGCAUCUCUGAUAUCGCAAAUAAAAGUAAACAAUAACCGCAGC